UAACUCAAACAUACAUUAAAAGUAUGAAAUGAUUUGCAAUCACAUUUCUUCUUUCAUGUUGACAAUAUUAGCAAUAACUUUGCUAAUAUCGCUGCUUGCAAAUAGCGAGGAUGUCCCAUUCCCAUCCAUGGCAUGUCCUUUCAAUCUAACCUGCACACAUGAUAACAGCAUGAUUCUUGAACUACCAGCAUACCCAGUACCUAUAAGACUCCUCGUCAAAGAAAUUAACUACACAUCGCAUACAUUAGAAGCAUGUGAUGCUGAAAAUUGUCUUCCACGCCUCUUUCUUCACCACAAUUUCUCUUCAUCAAUUUUUCCUUUUCGGAUUCAUUCUUGGUUGGAUUCGGGAUACCAGGAUCUUACCAAUACUAGCUUAUUCGAUUGUUCUUCAUUAGGACGGCGUUAUCUGAGGAAAGACAUCGCUUACCAGCAGGACAUGGUUUCUUGUCCAAUUUAUAUGGCAGGAUUUAACGAGAAUAUGGUUGAAUCAUGCCUUGUUUUCUGCAACAAACUGUCUCGACCAGUUUCGCCCCUUAUUCUUUCGGAAGAUACCGUAAAUGGGAUACAACAAAACUCAAUCUCACUGUCAUGGUCGGAAACAAUUUUUCACAGAAGAUGCUUAGAAUGUAAGCACAAAUCAAAGAAGAUUAUUUUAACCUCUACAGGUGUAAUUAUUGGCUCAACUGUACUUGUUCUUUUAUUUGGUGGAGUUUUUCAAAUAUACCGCUAUUUUAAAAUGAAAGACGAAGAUCAUGCAAGAAUUGAAAACUUUUUAAAGGACUACAAGGCUUUAAAGCCAACUAGAUUCUCUUAUGCUGAUAUAAAGAGAAUCACACAUAAAUUUAGAGAUAGGUUAGGUGAAGGGGCUCAUGGAACUGUUUAUAAAGGUAAGUUGUCAAAUGAGAUUCAAGUUGCCGUGAAGAUACUUAAUAAUGUAGAAGGAGAUGGAAAGGAUUUCAUAAAUGAAGUGGGAACCAUGGGCAAAAUCCACCACAUCAAUGUAGUUCGUUUGAUUGGCUUUUGCGCGGAUGGAUUUCAUCGUGCUUUAGUCUAUGACUAUUUUUCAAAUGGUUCGUUGGAUAAAUUCAUUUCUCCACCAAAUAACAAAGAUAAUUUUCUUGGAUGGGAUAAGCUGCAACAAAUUGCUCUAGGCAUAGCAAAUGGCAUUGAGUAUCUUCACCAAGGUUGUGAUCAAACAAUUCUACACUUUGACAUCAAUCCUUAUAAUGUCAUGCUAGAUGACAAUUUCACUGCAAAGAUUACAGAUUUUGGUUUGGCUAAGAUGUGUUCAAAAAAUCAAAGUGUUGUAUCAAUGACUUCGGCUAAAGGAACAUUAGGCUACAUGGCACCUGAAGUUUUUUCUAGAAACUUUGGAAAUGUCUCUUAUAAGUCUGAUAUAUACAGUUAUGGUAUGUUAUUGUUGGAGAUGGUUGGGGGAAGAAAGAACACAAAAAUAACCGAUGAAGAAGAAAAUAUUCAGAUUAUGUAUCCAGAAUGGAUCCACAAUUUACUUGAAGGGGGAGAUAUACAAAUCUCUGUCGAUGAAGAGGGUGACUUUAGAAUUGCAAGAAAAAUAGCGAUUGUAGGACUUUGGUGUAUCCAAUGGCACCCUUUACAUCGUCCAACAAUUAAAACUGUGUUGCAAAUGCUUCAAGGAGAAGGGGACAAAUUAAAAGUACCAAGCAAUCCUUUCGGACCUACAACUUCAACUAACACAAUUGCUAAUAUUGUUGUAGAACGUAUGAAUUUGGAGCUAGAUAUGAUUCAAGAGUUAGAUUAGAUAUAUGCUAGUUAUACAUAUAUUUAUUAAAUAAAUGUUCAUUGCGAAUAACAAUAACAUGUUUCUUUUUAUCAGAAUUUUAUAUUAGUCAAUUUAAUAAAGGAUAAUGUAAGUGGGUAUCAAGUUAGUCAAUGAAUAAU